GAUAAGUAUAUUUUUAUAAUUACUGGACUUUCGUCUGUUACUCUUCAGUCUCUCUCGGCCGGCUGCCGCCUGCUCAUCGUUUCGAAAACUUUCUCCUCACUCCUCUCCUUUCUCCGUUCAGAUCUACGCAUUAGGGUUAGGGUUUCCAGAAACCCCAAAACCCCCUCUUUUUCUAGGGUUUCCAUCAGCAAUGCAAUCCCCAAAACCCGAAGCCAUCAUCGAAUGGCUCCAGAAGGAGAUGAACUACCCGUCCCCUCUCCCAACCCCCGACCAAAUCCGCAAGAUCUGCAGAGGGAACAUGAUCCCGAUCUGGUCGUUCCUCCUCGGCAGGGUUCGAUCGGAGAAGACGGUGGCGACUGUUAGAAGGAACAUUGUGAUUCAUGGGGCGAAGGGGACGAGGAGGUCCUCGGAGGCGCGAGGAGAGAGAUGUGGCAGAGGAAGAGGCCGGAGGAUGAGGGUUUUGGUGAGGAGGACGAAGGAUGUGAGGGGAAAGAUGGCCGAGCUUGCGAGGGAGGAGGACGAUCGGAAGAGGAUUAUCGAUGAUGGGGCCAAUGCCAGGCACAAGCAGGUGAUGUUGGAGGCAUACGAUCAACAAUGUGAUGAAGCUGCUAAGAUUUUUGCCGAGUACCAAAGGCGUCUACAUCAGUAUGUUAACCAAGCAAGGGAUAUUCGAAGGUUGAGCACAGGAAGCAGUGAUGGUGAUGUAGUAGAUGACCACCAUAUUAUUGGUGAAAAAGAGGCUGUUUACUCAACAGUUAAGGGAAACAAGACAUCUGAUGAUAUUAUUCUUGUCGAGACCUCGAGCGAAAGAAAUAUUCGUACGGCAUGUGAAGUUCUUGCUGCACAAAUGAUUGAAAGAAUAAGAAGCACUUUUCCUGCAUAUGAAGGAAAUGGUAUCAACUUGAAUUCUCAGUUAGAAGCAGCUAAAUUAGGUAUUGAGUUGUAUAGUGAAUUGCCAGAGGAUGUUAAAGUGGUAGCAAUUGAUGCUCUACGAAAUCCAUCCCUUUUACUUCAGUCAAUUUCUUUAUACACUUCACGCGUUAGUUCACUUAUUCACAGAGAAUCUGAAAAGAUUGAUAUCAGAGCUGAUGCAGAACUUUUAAGAUAUAAGUACGAGAAUGAUCGAGUCGUAGAUGCUGCAUCUCCAGACGCAAUCUCACCCUUACCGUAUCAAGUGUAUGGUAAUGGGAAGGCAGGAGCAGAUCUCUCCACAAAGGGAACUUAUAAUCAGCUUCUAGAAAGACAGAAAGCACAUGUACAACAGUUUGUGGCUACUGAAGAUGCACUUAACAAAGCUGCAGAAGCUAAACGCUUAUGUCAAAAGCUUAUAAAACGCUUGCAUGGAAGUAGUGAUGUCAUUGCAUCACAGGCAAUACCUGCCGGAGGCGCUUCACAGAAUAUGGGAACUAUCAAGCAAUUUGAGCUAGACGUCUGGACCAAGGAAAGGGAAGUUGCAGGGUUGAAAGCAAGCUUGAGUACAUUGACGUCUGAAGUCCAACGCUUGAAUAAAUUGUGUGCAGAGUGGAAAGAAGCAGAAGAUUCAUUGAGGAAAAAAUGGAAAAAGAUUGAAGGGUUUGAUGCUCGCAGAUCAGAACUUGAAUCCAUUCAUACUGCCCUUCUUCGGGCUAACAUGGAUGCAUCAGGAUACUGGGAACAACAACCAUUAGCUGCACGGGAGUCUUCUGCAAGAACUAUUGUUCCGACAUGCACAACCGUGGCAGGCAUUUCAAUGAAUUCCAAAGAUCUGAUAGAGAAAGAAUUAUCUGUCUUCUAUCAAAGUCUAGAUAACUGCUUGUACAUGCUUCCAUCAACACCACAGGCUCUUAUGGAGUCUAUGGGUGCAAAUGGUGCAACUGGAGCUGAAGCUCUGGCAACUGCAGAGAAGAAUGCUACUUUACUGACUGCAAGAGCUGGUGCAAGGGAUCCAUCUGCAGUUCCAUCUAUUUGUCGUAUUUCUGCUGCUCUUCAGAAUACUGCUGGUACUGAAGGUCCAGAUUCUGCCUUACUAUCAGUUUUAGGCUCAUUGGAGUUUUGUUUAAAGCCCCGGGGUUCCGAGGCUAGUGUAUUGGAAGACUUAUCUAAAGCAAUUAAUCUAGUUCAUACACGGCGGAACCUUGUUGACAAUUAUCGUGUUUUGCUCAACCAUGCUCAUCGUGUGCAGCAAGAUUAUGAGAGGAUGGUCAACUAUUGUUUGAAGGUAGCUGCUGAACAGGAUAAAGUUGUUACAGAAAGAUGGUUGUCAGAACUUAGGGGAGCAGUUGUUGGUGCCCAGGAAUGUCUGGAGGAUUGCCAGCGUGUUCGUGGUUUGGUUGAUGAAUGGUGGGAGCAACCUGCAGCGACGGCCGUAGAUUGGGUCACUGUUGAUGGUCAAAACGUCGGUGCGUGGCUCAAUCAUGUGAAGCAACUUCAGAUGGCAUUUUAUGAUCAACAGCUCUUAUAAGUUAUCCUGCACGAUGCCAUGUUCAUGAAGUCAGCUACAGUGAUGUGCUGUCGUAAUAUACACUGGUCAUCAUGAUUGUUCUUGUUUUCUGCAUUGGCAUGUAUUAUGAUCUCCGAUCUCAGCCGGUCUCAGUUUCAGUGCCUGCAUUUGAGAAGGCAUCCUUUGAAGAGAAAAGUUCCUUUGUCUCGGCAUGCUGGAUUGGUUACAUGAUGUAUAGUCAUUGAGUGUGGAAAGGCGUGUCGAUUUUGUUUCUUGUUAGUGUUGUCGUGCCUUUCUUCAAGUGAAGUGCUGUACAUUCAUAAUUUCUUGGCUUGCAGAUGAUGUGUGUUCAUACUGAACUUCAGUCCAUCUCCCUGUUGAUUGAGUUGUACGUUUACUGUGUUUGACAUUGUUGUUUCCAGGUACACAGCUUGCUCUCUUAUUAAAAUUGAAGUUAUUUGUGAGAAUCAUUACAGUAAAAGCAGCAAAAAAGAAUUUUCGGGAUGAAGUUCA